UCCGGCAGAGUGUGCAGGCACGGAGUCCUGCGGCGCUGGAGAAAGUGUCGGGUGGGCAUUGCCGGCAGGAUGCGCCGUGCUUGCAGCCCGCACUCGCCACGAAGAAGUCCCUCCCUUCACAACCAUCUUGCCUAGCAGCAACCCUUCAAGAUAUGGCCUCAAAAAGAGCAUUGGUGAUUCUAGCAAAAGGUGCAGAGGAAAUGGAAACUGUAAUCCCCACUGAUGUUAUGCGGAGAGCUGGGAUCAAGGUGACUGUUGCAGGCCUAACAGGAAAAGAGCCAGUGCAGUGCAGUCGAGAUGUCUUCAUUUGUCCUGAUGCUAGUCUUGAAGAUGCCAGAAAAGAGGGGCCUUAUGAUGUUGUGGUCCUGCCUGGGGGUAACCUUGGAGCUCAGAAUUUGUCAGAGUCUCCUGCUGUGAAAGACAUUUUGAAGGACCAGGAAAGCAGGCAAGGCCUGAUUGCUGCUAUAUGUGCAGGUCCUACCGCCCUUCUGGCACAUGGGAUAGGGUUUGGAAGCAAAGUCACAACUCAUCCUUUGGCCAAAGAUAAAAUGAUGAAUGGAGCACACUACUGCUACUCCGAGAGCCGUGUGGAGAAAGAUGGGAACAUCCUCACCAGCCGUGGCCCUGGUACCAGCUUUGAAUUUGGGUUGGCCAUUGUUGAAACGCUGAUGGGGAAGGAUGUGGCUGAACAGGUGAAGGCACCCCUAAUACUGUAAGAGUGAAAUCCUGCUGUGGCACAGGGAAUAGGACAGUUUUGAAUAGAGAGUCUUGUCCUUUGUAGAAUAGCUGUAAGAUGCACGGUUGUAAGUACCAUUUAAUUGUGGGUGAAAUUAGAAAAUGUUUUACCUAGACUAGGAUACCUUCACAAACCAGUGGUCUUUAUUCCUGGAAAAAGACCCUGUUAGCAAACAGCUUCAUCACAAAAAAGCAGCCAGAUCUAAUACUUAGCUCUUGGACAACACUUGAAAAAUCACAUGGGAAAAUGUUUGCUGAGUAAAUAAAAAUGAAUCAAGCCUG